ACCACCCCAGAACUGGCUGCCGGCGGUAUCAUGGCGUCCCGGAAGCCCCCUCCCCAAGAACGUGAAAGUGAUGACUACUCUUACGAAGUGUUGGAUUUAGCAGAAUACGCAAGAAGACACCACGGGUGGAAUCGAGUGUUUGGCCACCCAUCAGGACCUAUGGUUGAAAAAUACUCAGGAGCUACCCAGAUUGUAAUGGGUGGCGUGGCUGGCUGGUGUGCAGGAUUUUUACUCCAGAAAGUUGGGAAACUUACAGCAACGGCCGUAGGUGGUGGCUUUCUUCUCCUACACAUUGCCAGUCGCAGUGGCUACGUUCAGAUCGACCGGAAGAGAGUGGAAAAAGACGUAAACAAAGCAAAAAGACAAAUUAAGAAACGAGCAGAUAAAGCAGCACCUGAAAUCAACAGUGUAAUCGAAGAAGCAACCGAAUUUAUCAGACAGAACAUUGGGAUAUCCAGUGGAUUUGUGGGAGGGUUUUUGCUCGGCCUUGCAUCCUAAGGACAUGAACCAUCCUUCCUAGGGGAUCCAACUGUGAGAAGAGAGCGGCAGCAGGGUGACCUCUGGGCAACAACACAAGCCGCCGGAGGCUCCCGAGCAAGGAAGAACAACUUGCUGCACAGCUUCCAAUUCACAACCUCGCAUUUUGCCAUCUGAAGCUUGGCAAACAAGUAUCUGCUGUCCAACAACCAAGUAUCUGCUGUCCAACUUGGCAAACAAGUAUCUGCUGUCCAACAAGUGGUAUUUGAAUAAUAGUAUUCUUGAGCAAAA